AUGGGCGAUUUCUUCCAAAGUCUAUCUAAAAAGGAAAUAAAGAUCCAAAAACCUACAGGAAAAAAAGCUGAAGAUAGUGGAACUGAUGGCAAUAUUAACAUUUAUAAGAGUGCUGCAAGGUCGAUCAUAAAAAUACUGUAUAGCCAAUUCACCAUAUGGAUUGCAUCAUUGAAGAUGUGAACGUACUAUUGGAAAUCAUAUCUUGUACAUCUUAGACUAGAGACUUCACAGUUUAGAAAAAUAUUCAGAUUAUAAAUAAAUAUUACUAGUCUAAACUAAUUAAUAUGAUUUUAUAUGCGUUAUUUUUAAAUAAUUAUAAAAAUAAAAAUAAUUUUCAAGAAUUCAUUUGAAAUUAUUAGAAUUUGCAUAUAAACUUUAUCGAAAUUUUUCAUAGGAGCUUCCCUCUAAUUUUUAAAUAUGAAUUUGUUUUAGGCUAUUUUUUUAAAAAAUUAAGCUCAUUUUAAAAUUGGUUUUACUUAUCAAACAUUUUUAAAUAUAGAAUUUUCCCAUAGAUGGCACUGUUUGCCCUUGAUUUGCCCACUGAAAUUUUUUUUUGGUUUGACCAAACCAUAUGGCACUGGUCGAACCAAAAAAUUUUUUCAGUGGGCAAAUCAAUGGCAAACUGCGCCAUUUAAGGGAAAUUUCUAUAUCUACUUUCAGAUUAUCCAAAUUUGGGCCAAGCCAUUUCGCAGCAAAAUUCCACUUUUCAGGAAGUUUGAAUAAAGAGUUGUUUAUUGCAAAAUAUUCCAUUGUUUUUUUUAACGAUCUUCAUCUAAACAUUAAAAUUAUUUUUAUAAUUAUUUCAAAAAUAUAUAUAAAAUUGGAUUAAGCCAGGUUAAAAUUAAUGAUGUUUUAUUUAAAGCGCGAGUAUUACUCUAAAUAGUAAGAUUUGAGUUAAGAUGUGCAAGAUAUGAAGUCUAUUAGAAAGGUUACAUUUUUAAUGAUGACGAUCUAUAUCAAUGCAUGAGUUAUAAGAAUAAUUCAGAUUAUCUGAUAGCCAGAUAAUUGAUAAGAUCUCUAAGGCGAAGUUCGACGAAAGUGAGCUAGGAAGCCGGCUGAAAGUAAUUUCUAUGCAGAAAAUGUCCAGAAAUUCUAUGAGUGCAGAAGACUUCUAUAGUCAAUUCAUGGAGACUGAAGCAGAUGAAGCUUACCAAAAACUUGCAGCUGAGCUUAGAGGGAUUCUACCAAGCACUUUUGUAUCAAUUUCAGAGAAGCAAGUUGAGGGCAAUCCUAGCAUUAAAAGUUUUUCCAACCCAUCACAGGAUAUAGCUGUGUACAGGUUUCUUGACAUGAAGAACUUUAAAAAUCCACAAAAUCUAUGGAGGUUCAUUACAUCCUCAGUUGACACCAAAAAACUAAGAGGGCUUACAGUAAAGAAAGGAAACCUAAGCUUUUCUCUUAUAAGAGAUAAAAAUGCCUGGCUUUUGUAUAAAAUAUAUGAUGUAAGCGAAUAUCCAACUUGGGAAAAAGCAAUUAUGGGUUGCUCUGAAUUGGAAAUGCUGCCAGAAAUAUUGAUAUAUGUAGAGUAAUAUUUAUAAAGGUCUCAAGAAGCAGUUGACGAGUUUAAAAUUACAAAAGAUAUUAAUGACAAGAUCAAACACUUAAAAAGAUUAGCAGGGCAGCAUGAAUUUGUCAUUCCAAGCACUAUCAAAAGCAAUGUGAUUGAUAAGAUAAAACCAUUGCUAAAGAUAAAAGCAAGUAAUGAAGCGAGGGUCCCAUAUGUCCAGGCUAAGCCUAUAAACCUCUAUCUACAGAAAGGCAGUAUUGAUGACUUGCCUGACUUAGAAGAGAGUCGAAAGAAAAAAACAGCUGAUAGUAGUUUAGCAGAGACCAAACCCCAAGCUGAGUCUUUGCUUUCCUUUUUAACUUCUAAUAAACCACCUCCUCCAAUUGUACCAUCAAAUCCUAGCAAGAACCUUCCUUCUCUAUUUUCAUCAUCUACUUCUAGUAAAAAUCCUCCUUCAAUACUUCCUCCAACUCCCCAAAAUCCUCAGUCAUCAAUCUUCCCAUCAGCUAACUUGAAUCCUCCUCAAAUGUUUCCAUCAGCUGGACUAAACACUCCUUCUAUCUUCCCAUCAACUAGUCCAAAUCCUCCUCCAACAAAUCCUUCACCUUUCAUCAAAGCUUCUCAGCCAAAAUUCAACCCUCCUAUAGCGCUUCCAAUGGAGUCACAAACAGCCCAAAUAAGUGAAAAUUCUGACUCUAUGUUUAAUUCUUCUAGCCUUUCUAGGCAAAAUGCACCAAAGCAGCCUGCCCCUUCAAUUUUAGCUAAUCCUACUAAUCCUCCUAAAGAUUCCUCUCAGAUAUUCAAUCCUCCGACUGUGCAUUCAAAGCCUGGCAUAAACUCAGACUUGAAUGCCCAAAAUCAUACAUUAAAAUGGCGAUGGCGACCAGCCCUUUUUCUCAACACCUGUAGCCUGCAUUCGCAGGGGACCUUGUGGAAGGGGAAAAGGCGCUCGAAAUGUGUAUCCGGCUAGGUUUUACCUUGGCACAGUGGAGCGCAACGUCGGAUUAGGCCGACUGCAGUUCAUUCUGACACCAAGGGUUUUGCCUCAGGGGAGAUGGAUUCCAGGGUUGGAAAGGGAAGCUCAGCAGCAUCAGGAAGGUACCUCCUGAUCAUUCGGGCAACUCCCUAGCGUGAAACUGGGGUUACGUCCCAGGCUUUGGAUUUCCAUCUUGGUCGACAGUCCUACCAGAAAAUUUGUUUUUCAAAUUUUCGGAAUGGGCAACCUCUGUUGACGUACUGCUAGGUGGCGUAACUCAUCCAACUACGGGUAGCGAGUGCACAUCCUCGUCCAGUAGGAGCAAGACCUUGAAGGUCGUGAUCGAUUGGUGGUGAGUAACCGGGUGAAGCGUGAAGGGUGGAGGUAGGGCAGGGGAAACCCGCGCCAAUACGGCGAGCCUCUCAUAAUACUAAUUAAUGUUAAUCUUAAUGAAUGCCCAAAAAUCUUCGUCUGAGCAACCCAUGCCUCAAAGUUAUCCGAGGUUUUCUUUAGCACCUGAGCAAGCGUCAAAAAGCUCACCUAGUCUAUCAAGUGAUAGCGGAAAAGCAGUGCAAACACCAAUUAAUCAGCCAGCUCCUCAAACUAAAACUGAACUUAGACCCCCACCCCUGCCUCAAACUCUUUUAUCAAUGAAGCAAAGUCAAAUUUCAUCAGUUCCCACAAAUCCUGCAGAUAUUUUAUUUAUAAAGCCUACUCCCAAUGAUCAUGUGACUAUUCCGAUAAAAGGAGAAAAAAUAGCAGCUAACUCGCUCACGGAGAGGGUUAGUUUUAGUUUUUUUUUUAAAAAAAACUACAUGAGGCUUUUCAUGGGAAAACUCAUAUAUAAAUUUUAUAGUAAAUUUUUUCAAAAAUUUAAAAAAAAAAUUGGAAAUCAAAUAUUAAUUUAAUUUAUUUUUAAAAUGCAAGCUGUUUAAAAUCAAACAAAAUUAGUUAGAGAUUUCACUAAAAUAAUUAUCACUUAUAUAUCAAUUGUUUUGAAACAAUGAUUUUGUUUAAUCACAGAGGGAGGAUAAGAUUAAUUCAAAGAGUGUUAUAUCUGAAAGUGAUAGCGAUAGUGGCAGUGACAGUGAUAGUGAUAGUUCUGGGUCUGAAGUAGAAUGUGAAAUUGGCAACAUAUCUUCAGCCUCCCCAGCUAUCAAAACUAUUCCUAUAAAAGUUGAUCCUUUGAACUCAAACCCAAUAGAAGCCCAGUCUAGGCCAGUAUCCCAAAUCGUGAAUAUGAAAGUGCCAAACCCUCCAAAGCAGCUUCCAACUAUCCCAAUCCAUGCUGAAUAUCUAAAUAGUGAUGAUAUUAAUAGAAUUAAUCGAAUCUCUAUAAUAAAAAUUAUAUCCCAAAAAUGCCAGAGGUCUCAGCCCCUCCUCCUUCUCAGAGUCCUGGCUUACAGUCAAACUUAUUUAGAAGUGAAGAAAACAGAAAGUCGCUUCCAUUACCAUCGCCACCACCAAUGCUCCCUAAAGUUCCUCUCCCUAGAGUCCCAAUAACUCUCCCACCAGCCCCUGCAGGCAAGCCUGAAACUUCAAAAACAAUUCUAAAAUCAAACCAUGAUCCCAACAAGUUUUGGGUAUGCGAGUCUUGCACUUUGAUCAAUACUACAGACCGCUAUUCUUGUGAUGGGUGCAAAAGGGUUAAUGAUUACCAAAGAACUCGUCUUCUUAAUAAAUAA